UCUGCAGAGUUUUUUCUUUUUUUCUUUUUUUGAUGCAGCGAGAGGCGUGCCGGGCCGGGCCGGGCCGGACCAGACUCAUAGGCUUCAUGUGAUCCUGCGGGGUGGUGUUUGGCUAAAAAAGACUUUUCAAGAUUCAGGCUGCACCAUUUGAGAUCUGACCGUCCGACCGCGCUCUCACGGAGCUACCGGGUUGCGUUUCGUGCACAUUUGGGAUAUUUCCAUCACUUGUGCGGCUCAUUCCGGACAGUGUCGCGCUGCAGUUCCGAUAAUGGGAGACGCUCAGUCUGCGCAACGGGAGGGCAAGAAGGAUGCAGCGGCUGAGGAGGAGAGCGGAAAAGUGGAUGAUGCUCAGACUGAGCAGCAUAUUGAAGAGAAGCCUCUCAAAAACAAUGGGCAGAUCUCCGAGAUCAAUGGAAAGGCAGAUGGCUCUAUAGCAGAAGUUAAUGGUUACUGUGAUGAUGAGAUUGCUGCAGAGGCUAUCCUCUCUCCAGAUGAAGAUGUUACAGAAACAAAAGAGCCACUGAAAGGGGCAGAAACACCAUUAGAAAAUGUCAACAUUAGUGAGAAGGAAUCACCUAAUGAAGCUGAUCCUAAUGAAGAAGUGACCCUGGAAAUGACAGACAUGGAAGCAAAGCAGAAUGACAUCAAUGAAGGUUUCAGGAAAUUCUUCAGUAACAUUGGUUUGAAAUUGACAGUAAAGAGAGGUUCGGGAGAGAAAACUGAAAUAGCAACAGAUGUGCCUGUUGAGACCAACAUGGAAGAACCAACAGCUGAUGUCGAGGAAACCGAUACCAAAGCCAAAAGUGAGAAUGCUGAACAGAAUACCGAUGUGAACAUAGCACCCGAGACUUAUGAUAAUGAUUCAAUGUGUGCUACGUUGACAUACGUCACAUGCUGUGACGUUCUAGAAAAUGCAGAGGAAAAAACAACAGAGAUCAAAGAAGAAGCUACAUCUGAUACUGCAGAUACAACUACAAGUUCACCUGACGUUGAAGAAGAAAAAACAAACCAGGAUACCACACCUGAAGAAGAGCAACAUCCAACAUCUCCACCUAGUCCUGAUCAAGAGGUGGUCGUAUCUCCAAUUAAAAGGUUUUUUACCACUGGAAUCUUUUCUGGACUACGGAAAAAGAAGAAGUCUGUAGAAGAUGAGACAACUGAGAAAGAACUGGUGGACCUGAGGAAAAAGGAGGCUGUAGAGGCGACACAGGAUAAAGAGAUUAGUCCAGGUGUUCAGGCAGCUGCAGUUGAGACAGAACAUAAAGAAAAUGAAUUUAAAGAGGAAAACUUGCCAGCAGCAUCAGCUCAGAUGACCAAUGCUCCCGAAGUUGGAGAAAAUAAGCUAGAAGGGAAAUUACCUCCCACAGACUCAUCAACUGUUAUUGUCAAUGAGCCUGAACUUCUGAGUUCUCAAGAGAAGGACAAAGUUCAAGCCAGUCCUCUAAAAAGGCUCCUGUCAGGGUCUAGUUUAAAGAAACUCCCCAAAAAGCAGCGAAGCAGGACAUCAAGUGAUGCAAAGCUGUCAGACUCUGGGGAACAUGUUUCAGAUCAGGUCCUGUCAUCUACCGAGUCAGCAGAGCACCAGAGAGAGGAAAGUCCGGCACAACCCUCUGCAGAGGCAGCAGAAGAGGAGGAUGGUGCAUGGGCUUCCUUCAAAAAACUUGUGACUCCUAAAAAACGUAUGAAGAGGUCUUCCUUGAGCAGCGAAGACACAAAAAUCCCAGGCUCAGUAGAGGAAACAAAGCCAAGUGAAGGAGAACAAAUAUCAGAUCACAGCACAGAAGAAAGCAAAAAAAGGAAAGAUUCGUCUGUUUCAUGGGAAGCUGUUUUGUGUGGAUCCGGAAGGAGAAGGAGCCGUAAAACGUCAGACUCUGAGGACGAAACACCUCAAAUUGAGAAUGACAAUACAAAGCAAGGUGCUGAAUCCCCUCUAGAAAGUUCCAAUGAGGCUGAAGAGAUUUUAGCCUCGUCCCCAAAACAAGCAGGAAGUCCUUCAGAGGGUGAUGGAGGGUCAACAUGGAAAUCAUUUAAAAGACUUAUUACCCCCAAAAGGAAAGGCAAGAGUGAGGAAGAAAGCAAAGAUAACAUUCAGUCUGACAGUGAAGUUACUCAAGAUGAAUCAUCUUUUUCAGCAGAGAGGCUUCUCCCAGGUCAAAAAAAGAGAAAGUCUGCUGAAAAGCAAGACCAAGUAUCUUUGGAUGAGGCUGAUAAGGACGCUUCAGGUGAUGAAGACUCUGAGACACCAGCUGUGGUUCCAUUGUCAGAGUUUGAUACAGUUGAGACAGAUGUUGUCAUACAAACACAGGCAGAUGUAGAAAGUCAUGUACCCAAGGAAGCAGACUAUGAACUCCAGCAAGACCUCCUUGAUCAGAUGGCUGAACCUGUCCUACCUUCUGAUAAUCUGCUGAUUGAAGGACAGAAAGUCCAAGACAACGAUGAUGCUUUACAAAAUCAGGCACCUACAACCUCUCCUACAAAUGAAGAUGAUGCCCUUGCAGAAUUAAUCAGUAAACAUCAACAACUCAGUGAUAUCCCAGAGGAAGGAAUAAUUACAGAGACCAUGGGCACGCCAGCUUCAGUCACGGAAGAAGCAGCUGGAGAUGACACUAUAGCAGAGGACUUGAUAGAAAUCACGUCUGAGGUCUUUACUGCACCAGAGCCUGUAGACAUUACCCAAGCAGAUGAGACUGAGAUGAUCUCUGCAGUUUCGCAGCUAUCAGAGUCUUCUAAAACAUCUGGCAACACAACACCAGUCCCAGCAGAAUAUGACGUCAAGGAACAGGAGGUGCUUCUGCAGCAGGUUGUGGAAACCAUCACCACAACGUCAAAGGCGCUCCCAGUGUGUACAGAUGACUUCAGCUCAGAAAAAAUAGUUGGUUCUGUCUCGCAUCAAAUACUCGAAACAUUUGUAACAGAGGAUCCAAAAAUUCUGGAAAUACACAAAAAAUCAGAUGCAAGUGCCAUAAUCACAGGUCUAAAUGUGGAAGAACUGGAUGCAGUUGAUAUCAUUGCAGCAACAGCCCAAACAGAGAUCAUAUCUGAAGUCAAUGAAGCUGUUUCCACAGAAACUGUGUCUGAGAUUCCUACUGAGGAGUUCGACACAGCUGACAUCGCUGUAGAUGAAGUUCAUGAGGUCAACGUUUCACAGCCAGACGAAAGCAUACCAGAAUUAGAAAAUACUAACGAGAGCCAACAUCUGCAGGAAUGCCUAACUGAGGUAAAUGAAGCUGUGUCUGUAGAGCUAAUGCAUGAAAGUAAAGGAAUUAGCACAGAUGAAGGUUCAAUAGUUGGUGCACAUCAAACUGAAAUAGAGCCCCCAAAAAUGGACUCUCAAGAAGCGGAUUCAGCUGCUGCAGAAGCAGAAGAAAUUAUGGAUGGAGCCGUUGAGCUGGAAGAACAGUUAGAAACAAAAGAUGAAAACAUAAAGAGCAUCACUAAUGAAGUCGAAGUUGAGGAAGAUUCAGCUGUUGUGGUUGAGGAGUUGCAUGCAUUAACAGCUAUAAAAGCAGAUACAUUAGAUUUAGAGGAAGGUAGUGAUCAAACUCUUGAAAAGGAAGUAAUAUCAGAGGACAUUACAGCAGUUGAAACAGUAACAGAUGAACUCAAAGAGGAAACAGUGCCUCUCACUGAAGUCAAUGUUGAGCCAGAAAAUGAAGAUGAACUACCAGUAGAUCUAUCAAAAGCUGAACAUGAAGAACCAGAAGUAUUAGAAGCUGUAGAUGCAUCAAAAUCAGAUUCAGAUGAUGGUAGUGUCCAAUCACUUAAAAAGGAAGAAAAAUCAAAGGAUAUGCCAGCAGAAGAAGCAGUUACAGAAGAACUAGAGGAGGCAACUGAAGCCAAUGUUGAGUCAGAGGAACUGCCAGUGGAAGCUGCCAAAACUGAACACAUCCAAGAACCAGAACUAUUACCAUGUGAUGUAAAAGAUAUUGUAACUGAAACAGAAACUGAGGCAGAGGCUCCUACAUCUGAACAAGAAGUCACAGAAAGUGUUGAGGAAGGUAGUGCUCAGGAACCUGAAAAGCAAAAAUUAUUAGAAGAAGAAAUUCCAGAAACAGAGGACGUCAUUGCUUCAGAGGAAAUUCCGAGUCAAGUUGUGGCACAACUGGAUCAGUCUUUAGAGAUAAACCAGGAUCAGAAAACUCAGGACACCACUGAUGACAUCCCACAGGAUGUUCAGGUUGAGGAGGAAGACCACACCCCUGAAGUUGUAGAUGAGUUAAAAACAUUAACAGCUGUUCAUGUAUCCUCUGUUAAUGAGGAAGCAAGUAGUGUUCAGGUCCUAGAAAAGACAGUGAAUUCUGAGGAACCCCCAGCGCCUUGUGUGGAUAUUCCUGCAGUUACAGAGGAACCCAAACAUGAGGUGCAUAUCAGUGAAGUGCAAGACAAUAUUGGGGGAGAAAAAGAAGGUGAACUUCCAGGUGCUGAGGUGAAGACUGCUGCAGUUGAGCAUGCCGAAAUAGCGCAAGUAAGCACGUGUAAUCUUAAAGACAUCUCAGCUGCAAUACCUGAUGUUACGAUCGAGAAAAGAUCAGGCAUUAAUGAACCCUUAAUAGACACAGUUGUAAAUGAGCUACUGUUAAAGGAGACAAUUGAAACUACAACACCAUUAAUGAAAGAUGAUGUGAUGGAGACAGCACAGGAGGGCAGUGUGGUUGUGAUGAUGCACGUGCCAUUGGUAGAGUUUGAGGGCAACCAGAGAAUUCAAGUGCAGGUGGUUGAUGUCAAUAUCAAAUCGGCUGAGGCAAUUGUGGAUACGAUGCUGGAAGUAGGGGUGAUGGAAGCCAAAGACGUUAUAGAAACAAUAGAUGUUUGUCAUGAAACAGUGAAAAAAGUAGACAAUCUCUCAGCCAUUUCCGAGAUUGAAGAAGAAUUAAUUAGUGAGGAAAACAAGGUGACCAUUCAAGAAGUUAUUCAACAUGUGAAGGAGAACUUACCUGAAUCUGUGAUGGUCCAAUCCAGUGUUCAGAAUGAAGUUGUCAACGUGGAGCAAGAAGUUAUAAAACAGCAAAAUGCUGCGAUAGUUGAAAGUGUAUUAAGUGAGGUGGAUGAUCAAAAAGUGAUGGAGGAGAAGAGUACUGGAGCAUCAAGUGAAAGAAAAGAUGAAGGUGAUAACUCUGCAAUCACAACUGCACAGCAAGCCUCUGAGGCUAUCAAGCAAACACCUGAUAUUCCAGAAAGUUCAGAUGUCUCUAUAGAAGCUUGCAAGGAGGAUUUGGAGGAAACUAAAGCUGAACUACAAAAAUCAGAAGUAGGCGUCACAGCAGAAGAUGCAACAUGCUCAUCAGAGGAAUUAGCUAUGAAGAAAGUCAAUGAAGACACCAUGGAUGGACCACAAAUUGCCCAAACACAGAUUGCAACACCUAGCAAUACUGGAUUAGUCGUCCCCCAAAACACCGGAAUAAUCUCAUCAAUAGGCAAUGUGGAGCCCCCCUCAAGCCUUUCGUUAGAAUUCAAACUUAACAUACAGUUUGGGCAGACAAAGGUACCUGUUUCCCCACAACAUACAACAGAGAGAACUGAACUCAUCAAACAGACAGAUGUGUCUGAGGUCGGAGUUCAGGCAGUGGAGGAAGUAGAACCCAUAAGGCAAAUAAAUCCAGUUGAGAGCCACAAACAGACAGAGCUAACUGAGGUCGCUGCUCAGGCAACAGAAAUAACGGAGAAAGCAGCAAGCUUAGAUUCAGCAGAGACAGCAGUGAUCACGAAUCAUCCAGUCCCAUUGGAUUUUGGCAUCCAAGCAAUGGAAACAGUAGAACCAGUGGAAGAAACCAAAUCAACAGAGAGUGUAAUCCCCAACGUCCAGGCAACAGAAACAAUACAACCAGUAAGUAAAACAGAGAAAAGAGAAAUGUUCCUGAGCCAGCCAAUACUCUCUGAAGCUUGUGACCAAGAAGCAAAAGCAGAAGAACCUGUUAAACAAACAGAGGAGGAAUAUGACCAGGAUGUGUGGUUGGAUGCCGAGGAAGACAUUGAUGCUCGAGAGCAAACAGAGGUGUCCCUUCCUGAGGAACCUCUGGAACAUGAGACAGACGGUGACCAAGAAGAAAAAGCAGUACUUGAACAUGAGUUUGAAAUGCCUCCUAAUUCCAAAACAGAGGCAGAAGAAAACCAACAAGAAAUACACAAAACAGAAGGAAAAUGUGGAACAUGCGAAGUUGACAGUGAAGGUGAAGAUUUUGCUGUUGCACUUGAGGAUCCCGAAACUGCAACUACAAGCGUCACCACAAUGGAGUGGGAUUAAAUCCCCCUAACAUCAAUGACAAUGAUUGGUUGGACAAUCAAAAAGGAAGUCGUUCAAGUUUUUAAGAACACUCAAAAAGCCAUUAUAGACAAGGACUGACUGGUUGAGGAAAACUACAGGAAACAGCAUUUUGCUGCUGUUAUUUGACAUGAUGUUCAACCAAAAAUACUGCAAUUACUGGUGAAAGAAGUUUUUUAGAUUUAUUUUAUUAAUAUCAUUAUAAAGUGUGUGAUUAAUGAAAGAGAUCUGGCAGAGAGAGAGAGAGAGAGAGAGAGAG